AUGUUGUCUCUCCAGCUGGUGAUCAUGGCAGGGACCGUCCUGCUGGCCUACUACUUUGAGUUGACCGACACUUUCGGCAUCCACGUCCAGGGGUUCUUCUGCAACGAUGCUGACCUGAUGAAGCCGUACCCCGGGGUGGACGAGAGCAGCUUCAUCCCUCCCCUCAUCCUCUACUGCGUGGUCGCCGCCACUCCCACCAUCAUCAUCUUCAUCGGAGAGGUAUCCAUGUACAUCAUGAAGUCCACACGGGCGGUGCUACUAACCCAGGAGAAGACCAUCUUGACGGGGGAGUGCUGCUACCUGAACCCCCUCAUCAGAAGAAUCGUCAGGUUUAUUGGUGUGUUUGCAUUCGGCCUGUUUGCCACAGACAUCUUUGUGAAUGCUGGCCAGGUAGUGACUGGUAACCUGGCGCCGUACUUCCUGUCUGUGUGUAAGCCCAACUACACCGGCACCGAGUGUCGCUUCAACCACCAGUUCAUCUCCAACGGUAACAUUUGUACCGGCAGCCCGGCCGUCGUGGAGAACGCUCGACGCUCCUUCCCUUCCAAAGACGCCUCGCUCAGCGUCUACUCCGCUGUCUAUGUCACGAUGUACAUCACUAGCACCAUAAAGACUAAGAGUAGUCGCCUGGCCAAACCGGUGCUGUGCCUGGGUACCCUGUGUACAGCCUUCCUCACCGGGCUCAACCGGGUCUCGGAGUACCGGAACCACUGUUCUGAUGUCAUCGCUGGGUUCGUCUUGGGCAGCUCUAUCGCUCUCUUUCUGGGUAUCUGUGUGGUGAACAACUUUAAAGGAGCCCACUCGACUGCCACCAAGCAGAAGACUGAAGAUUACCGUGGUCUCCCUUUAAUGGCCUUCCCCCGCGUCCAGAGCCCCCUGGAGACACUCAGCGCACAGGUAACUGUGGAGUAUUAUUGA